GCGGGGCGCGAGGCAGGGCAGCGCGAGUCCGCAGUCCGGAGCGCUGCCCUGAGUCCUGCGCUGUAUCCGCGCGUCCCGCAGCGUCUUGGUGCAGCCGCCCGGCCUCACCAUGCUCCCGCUGCUCGGGCUGUACUUUGCGCUGCCGCUCUGCGCCGGGUUGCUGGAAGAGGCGAGGAGCUGGGGAGACACAUCGGAUCAAGUUGGACUCAGGAUCCCAAGGCAAGUCAGGCUGUUGCAAAGGCUGAAAGCCAAACCCUUGAUGACGGAGUUCUCGGUGAAGUCUACCAUCAUCUCCCGUUACGCCUUCACCACAGUUGCGUGUAGGAUGCUCAACAGAGGGUCUGGGGACCAGGAAGUCACGUUUCAGAUGCAGAUUCCAGCUGCAGCUUUCAUCACCAACUUCACUGUGCUUAUUGGAGACACUGUGUAUCAGGGAGAAAUUACAGAGAGAGAAAAGAGAAAUGGUGAUAAGGUAAAAGAGAAGAGGAAUAAAACCGUAGAAGAUAAUGGGGAGAAGGGGACGGAGACGUUCAGAGCUUCUGUGGUGCUUCCCAGCAAGGACAAGGCUGCCUUCCUCCUGAGUUACGAGGAGCUCCUGCAGAGACGGCUGGGGAAGUACGAGCACGUGGUCAGCGUGCGACCCCAGCAGCUGGUGGGGCGGCUGACAGUGGAGGUGACCGUGCUGGAAAGGUCAGGCAUCGCGGAGCUGGAGGUGCUGGGGCUGCAGAACAGCCGGCAGAGGGGCAGUGGCCGGGGCCCAGAUGAUUCUGGGCCACCUCCUUCUACUGUCAUCAACCAAAAUGAAACUUUUGCCAAAGUUGUUUUUAAGCCUAGUGUGGUCCAGCAAGCCAAGAUCGCCCAGAAUGGCAUUUUGGGAGAUUUCAUCGUUAGAUAUGAUGUCAAUAGGGAACAGAGCAUUGGGGACAUCCAGGUUCUAGACGGCUAUUUUGUGCACUAUUUUGCCCCCAAAGACCUUCCGCCUUUACCUAAGAACGUGGUGUUUGUGCUUGACAGCAGUGCUUCCAUGGUGGGAACCAAACUCCGCCAGACCAAGGAUGCCCUUUUCACAAUUCUGCAUGACCUGCGACCCCAGGACCAUUUCAAUAUCGUUGGGUUUUCCAACCGGAUCAAAGUGUGGAAGGACCAUUUGGUGUCAGUUACCCCCAACAGCAUCAGAGAUGGCAAAGUCUACAUCCACCACAUGUCGCCGAGCGGAGGCACGGACAUCAACGGGGCCCUGCAGAGGGGCAUCCAGCUGCUCAACGACUAUGUGGCCCACAACGACAUCGAGGACCGUAGCGUGUCCCUCGUGGUCUUCCUGACGGACGGGAAGCCCACCGUCGGGGAGACCCACACCCUUAAGAUCCUCAACAACACCCGGGAGGCCACCCGGGGCCGGAUCUGCAUCUUCACCGUGGGCAUCGGAGCCGACGUGGACUUCAAGCUGCUGGAGAAGCUGUCCCUGGAGAACUGCGGGCUCACGCGGCGAGUCCACGAAGAGCACGACGCCCGAGCCCAGCUCAUCGGGUUCUACGAUGAGAUCAGGACCCCGCUCCUCUCCGACAUCCGUGUGGAUUAUCCUCCCGGCUUGGUGGAGCGUGCCACCAGGACCCUGUUCCCCAACUACUUCAACGGCUCGGAGAUCGUAAUCGCAGGGAAGCUGGUGGACAGGGCAAUGGACCGGCUGCACGUGGAGGUCACGGCCAGCAACAGUAAGAAGUUUGUGGUGCUCAAGAAGGACGUGCCCGUGGAGCCCCGGAAGGUGGGGAUCGACGUCCCGCAGAGCCCCAGGCCCAGGGGGCGUGGCCAGGAGGAGCCCAACCACCUGGAACGUCUCUGGAGCUACCUGACCCUGAAGGAGCUGCUGAGUGCCUGGCUGCAGAGCUUCGAGGAGCCGGAAAGGGAGCGGCUAAGGCAGGAGGCCCAGGCGCUGGCCGUGAACCACCGCUUCCUCAUCCCUUUCACAUCCAUGACGCUGAAGUCAGCACCGCGGACAGAGACCCCAGAGGCCGCCUACGGCAUGUCCAGCGCAUCCGUGGCCACUGGACCCGAAACGGUGAUGCAGAGCCUGCGAGGCACACACCUGCAGCCAGGACCUGCGGUCAAGAAACCAUACAACCCAAGGAUUAAAAUCUCCAAAACAUCAGCGGAUGGAGACCCCCACUUUGUUGUGGAUUUCCCCUUGAGCAAUCUCACCGUCUGUUUCAACAUCGACGGAGAACCCGGGCACAUCCUGAGGCUGGUCUCUGAUCAUGCAGGCUCUGGUGUGACGGUGAACGGAGAGUUGAUUGGGGCCCCUGCUCCUCCAAACGGCCACAAGAAACAGCGCACGUACUUCCGUACCAUCACCAUCCUCGUCAACAAGCCGGAGAGAUCUUACCUGGAGAUCACCCCCAGCAGGGUCAUCGUGGAUGGUGGGGACAGGCUGGUCCUCCCCUGCAACCAGAGUGUGGUCGUGGGGCGCCGGGGUCUGGAGGUGUCCGUGUCCGCCAAUGCCAACGUCACCGUCACCAUCCGGGGCACCGUGGCCUUUGUCGUCCUCCUCCACCUCUACAAAAAGCCAGCCCCUUACCAGCGCAACCACCUGGGCUUCUACAUCGCCGACGGCCAGGGCCUCUCUGGCAACUGCCACGGCCUGCUAGGUCAAUUCCUGAACCAGGAGGCCAGACUCACAGGGCUCAGCAAGCGCCCUGCGCAUCCUCCGGUUCCCGAGGCAGGAGAGAGGUCUGAGGCCGUCCUUGAGGUUAAAGGUCGCCAGGUCCCGGUGGUCUGGAAGCAGAGGAGGAUCUACAACGGGGAGGAGCAGGUGGACUGCUGGUUUGCCCGGAACAACGCUGCCGGCCUGCUCGACGGGGAGUACCAGGGCUACCUGGCGGCCCAUCCUUUUGACUCCGAGACCGCCUUCGGCCCGGGCCCCUCCCGGGGACUCUGACAGCAGCAGCCGCAUGCAAGAGUGCAUGGCAGGGGACCGCGUGGUCUGGUUCUUGGCUGGUUCAGUCUGGUAGCCACCGCCCUGACCUCAGCCCUAGUGGCAGGGAGGUCUGCCGUCUGCUUGAAAAGAGAGUGGGAUCAGGACCUUGAAGGGAGGAGGCGAUUUUUCCCCCUCUCCUCCCCCUCCCUCAUCUCCAGCAGCAAAAGAUGGUGGCACCACGGGGCCAGUCACAGCUAAAAGAAAGUCUCUGUCUUGUCCCAGCUGGCCUGUCCAUCUCACCGCCGACCUUAAGGUGACUGAUGAAGGAAGGUCGGGUCUGUUUUCUUUGUGGAAAUGGCCAAGUUCGGGCACUCUGCUCUGCGCCUCAUACUAAUGCUUAGGGAUCUCUCUUCCUAGCCUGGCUCUGUCCUCCAGACAUGCAGCCAACCUCUGCCUCAGGGGAGCCUUUCCCUGGCCUCAGCCCCCCACCCCCACCCCCUGGUAUUGCACACAGCAUGCAGACUGGAUCAUUGUAAACCACUCGGCCUGGCUUUAGCAGAGGAUUUUCUUCUGCCGUGAUGUCUCGCCCUUGAAAAUUUGUUUUCAUUUUUUUUAAAAAUCAGUUCAAAAUAGAAACGCUGCAUUCCAGAUACCAACAUUCUUCUAACAGGCUCUGUAAACCCCUUGUCUUUUGCUGGUGAGAUUCUAUUUAUUCCGGAAAGCUGAUAAUACGCAGGGCGGCCCACGUGGGAGUAUUUCACUGGCCUGUCUCGGAGCUGGAGUGCCGUCCAGCUGUACGAUGAAUCUUCCAUUUGGCUCUUCCAGCCUGGUCCUGCUUCCAGCCUGGUUCACUCGAGGUCCCCAGGACGUGAUGAGGCAGGCUCUUGCAGAACUGUGAUGGGGAGGGAUUGGAUCAGCACAGAGCCGACCUACAGGGAUCAAACUCUCAGCAGGAAGCAUGGACAAUGGGGCCCACAUCCCAGACCCAGAGGCCGGAAGUCAGUAUGAGCGAGAGGCUGGGGACAGAUCUGAUUCCGUCAGGACGGGUUACAGUCAGGGGUCGGGGGUGAUAUCAGAAGUCAGUGACGUCACCCUCCUUGCGGGAGCUGUGAAGCCUGCUGCGUCAUCAAGGUGAUGGGAGGCGGGCAGUGGCCUCGGGACCUCUUUUCUUGCCCCCAGCUUGUGCUCCGCUUGGUCUUCUCUGGACCACAGAGGUUGUCCUGUAAGUCUGACCCUCACAGCAGUCGGAGCGCACGUGGACACAGAGGGCCAGAACAGCCAACAGUGGGGGAGGAAAGACUUGGGUCAGAGAAAUGGAAUAUUUUAAGGGCAGACUGAAUAGAAUAAAGGCUUUUGUGCUGGUUUCAUGGAGGUUCCGUCCAGGACGGAGUGACUCUAGAACUUCCAUGCCAUGUGGAAGCCGGAGCACUAGGAGAGAAAUCAGAGUUGAGAAAAUUGCUUAUCAUCUUGGCCCUCCUGAAUGGGAGCAGCAAAUUGACCUGCCAGUGUUUCUGUGGACCAGGCGACUGCAGGAGGUGAAGGUAGUGCCGGGACUGAGCCAGGGGCUGGGGGCUGGGGGCGGUGGUCGGUUCUGUCUCAGAGUCUCCGUGCCGCUCCACUCUGGGAACCCACCAGACCAGAGCUGGCAGCUAUGUUAUUUUUGACUCAACACAGCUGCCUAUUGUGCCCGUGGUGUGAGCGCACCAGUCCAGGCCGCUGACAGCUGAUUCCAUAUUUCAGAGGGAGAGGAGGAGCGGGAGGCGGGCCGGCAGGGGCCUGGGCGGGCUCUGCAGGGUCCUUCCUGUUCCGUAGACCUCGGCCCCAGCUGGGCAGACGACCCUGCGGCCGUGGGGUUGUGUUCCAGGCUGUGUGUUCCAGGCGUGGCCCCAGCUGCAGACAAGACGAGAAGCUAUUCCUACGGGACUAGCUACUUCCCUUACUCUCCUAUUCAGGGGGGAAAAAAAUCCAUUUUGUAAAAGUAUUAGGUUGAACUUUCAUUUUAACGUUUUUACUUUAGACACAUCCCACUUUUCUUUCUCCUUCUCUUCCAUUGUAUUUUUUUUUUUUUUUUUUGCAAAAGUAUGUACCAGGACAUUUUCUGUUUCAGCCAGAGACUAUGAGAUUUGUGGGCCCCAAACUCCACACCAAAGUCAUACUUCAGGUUUUUUUUUUUUUAAAAACUUGAUUGAAAAAAUGUCAUAUUUUCUGUUGGUCACGUGGGUGGUAAAGAGCAAGAUCUUUUCAAAUAAACGUAAGUCCCCUGUACACGAACGAGUUCCAUUCUGAGAGCGCAUUUGUAAGUCCAGUUUGUUCAUCAGCCCAGGUGACUCCAACAAAGUUAGCCCAGGUACCCAACAAACACAGUCGGCUGUAUGGGACUGUACUGUAAUAGAUUUAUAAUGCUUUUCAUGCAAAUAAUGCAUAAAAAACAAACACAAAAAAUAAAGAAACUAUACUCCAAUAAAAUUAAUUUUAAAAAUAAUUUUUUAAGAAAUGAGACAUUUUUAAUCUUAUAGUAUAGUACCUUGAAAAGCACAGUAGUACAGCUGGCAUACAGAAGCACGUAUAAAUCUUUAAAAGCACACAAGCUCACAACUUGAAGGUCUGUAUGUAGAGGACUUAUUGUAAAUGCAAUAGCAAGGAGGGAUUCUGUUCUGGUGGGUACAUGGAGGCAGGGGCAGGUGGGCGAUUUCCCCUACAUCGUACGAGACCUAGAGCAGGGCCAGGCUGAGUCUCCAGAAUCCAUUCAUUAGCUUUGACACAAUGUUGUCAUCUGGACAAUCAUUUAUUUUCCUUGAGUAUUUAAAAAUAAGGUGGGGUCAGGGAUACUCAAUGAGCAGUUCAAUGAGCUUGAGAAGUCCGUUGCAAUAAUGAGGGUUUACACCUCAAGUUACGACAUCACUAAUGUCAACAGGUCCUAACUGUUGCUAGGCUGGGCUCUAGAAAGUCUCCACCCCUGGGUUCCUAAUCCCCUCCCUCGUCUGAAAAAGAGAGGCAUCUCCAUGUGUUCUCUUUAAGGGUCUCCAGAUGUAGUUUCACAUUCCCUGAAUAAAAUGGACUGAAGUUCUGUCCUCAUAUUAGAUGCUUUAUCUUCUGUUUGCCUUUUUGCUGGUUUACUGGUUUAGGAUGCAGGGCAUAUGUGUUGGGAGGACAACCCUUCCUGAACCUCCGUCACCCUGGGGAGCGUGGUGCUGGUCUCUGGAAAGGGAGAGAUCACCUCUGUUUCUAUCAGAUGAAACAUUAGAUCUUUAGUUGAAUCAUGUGUCCCUGCAGGUGGACUAGGGACAGGUUUCAUUUUCUUUACAUUUAUAUCUUGGCUGUGCUGAAUGCUAUGGGCAGAAAGUCUGUGUCCCUCCAAAUUCAUGUGCUGAAGCCUAAAUCAAACCCCUAAGGUGAUGGCACUAGGAGGUAGGACCCUGGGGAAGGGAUGAGAGUGUGAGGAUGGGGCCCUUGUGAUGCGAUUGGUGGUUGGUGGUUUAGUCACUCAGUCGAGCCCGACUCUUGUGAUCCCAUAGACUGUAGCCCACCAGGCUCCCCUGUCCAUGGGAUUCUGCAGCCAAGGAUACUGGAGUGGGUUGCCAUUUCCUUCUCCAGGGGAUCUUCCUCACCCAGGGAUCGAACCUGAGUCUCUUGCAUUGCAGACAGAUUUUUCACCAGAGCCACCAGGGAAGCCCUUUGUGAUGGGAUUAGUGCCCUUCUAAGAAGAGACAUGAGAUGAUUUUUCUAUUCUCCACCCUGUGAGCACUAGAAGGAACACCUUCUAAAAUUGAGAAUUGGGCUCUCAUCAGACACCAAGUCAGCUGGCACCUUGAUCUUGGAUUUCCCAGCCUCCAAAAUUGGGAGAAAUAAACAUCAGUUGUAGAAGCCACAUUGUCUAUGGCAUUUUUUUUUUAAGAUUUAUUUGUUUGUUUUGGCUAUGCAUGUUCCUCGUUGCUGCGAGCAGGCUUUCUCUAGUUGUGGCAAGCGGGGUCUCCCUUCACGGUGGUGUGCAGGCUUCUCACCGUGGUGGUUUCCCUUGUUGCGGAGCACAGGGUCUGAUGCGUGUGGGCUUCAGAAGCUGCAGCUUGAGAGCUCUAGAGCCCAGGCUCAGAAGUUGUGGUGCACAGGCUUAGUUGCUCCGAGGCAUGUGGGAUCUCCCCAGAUCAGGGAUCAGACCCGUGUCAUCUGUAUCGGCAGGAGGAUCUUCCACCACUAGGGAAGCCCCUAUGGUAUUCUUGAUAGAGCAACCUGAGCCGACUGAGCCGCUGACUCUUUAAAGAUGCGAAUUCCUUUUCUUCCCUUCAAGCUUCCCCCAAUGUAUACAAACAAUGUUAUUACUAAAUCCACAGGACUCUUGGAACCAUUCAUGCAUGAUCCAACUAAAGUAAACAGCAAAAAAAAGAAUAACACAGCUCAGCAAACACUUAGAAUUGUGACUUUAAAUAUUUAUUCUGUUCAGUUUAAAAUAACAAGUAGGGCACGAGCUAGUUCACCUUCAAGAAGCAUUUUCCCUCCACAAAAAAUUUGUAAAAGCAUAACAUCUGAAAACAAACAACACCCUGGUGUAUUUGUUUUGAGGGGAAAUGACGAGAGAGAAUAAAACUUGUUGAUUCUAACUACA